ACCUCCCGUCGGGGCUCCCCCCGGCCGGCCGGCCCCGCUGCAGCCGCGGCAGCUCCCGGCAAAAAGUGCAUCUUUCGGCUCAGCUUGCAAAGCUUGCAAACUCUGACUGCGUCCCGCCCCGCCCCCUUGGGGACUUUUCUCUUUGGGUUUCCUUCCUUGCUCAGCCUCCACCCCCUCCCCCUUUGGAGACUUUCAGCUUCUGGUAGCACCUUCCUGUAACCAGGGGACGCCGCUCCCCGAGCACCCACUGCUGCUGUUUCCAUUCCUCCCGCGCCUCCCUCGUCCCCCUCUCCUCGGGGUCAUCCGCGGAGCCUGACGUGUCGCCAGGGGGGACGGGGAAUAAAUAGGUGCCGCCGCCCGCCCCGCGGGGCUCAGACGCCGGGCAGGGCAGCCGGGGCGGCGGGCGCUCGGCGGAGCUCGUGGGACCCCAUUGGGGGAAUUUGAUCCUCGGAAGCUGGGGGAUCGCCGGGGGAGGAGAAGCGCCCAGAUCGCCGUGUCCAGUUCCAGGGGGGGAGGAGGGGAAGGAAGAGGAGGAGGAGGGGGAGACGGCGGAGCCGGCCUCUCGCUCGGCGUGCUCGGCGCAGCUGCCCGGCGCCCCGUCCCGCCGGGAUCAUGGUCGGCGGCCGCCCGGGAGGGAGGCGGCCGGGGCUGCCGGGGGCCGGGCUGCUCGCCCUGGCGGCGCUCUGCCUGCUCCGCGCGCCCGGGGCCCGCGCGGCCGCCUGCGAGCCCGUCCGCAUCCCGCUGUGCAAGUCCCUGCCCUGGAACAUGACGAAGAUGCCCAACCACCUGCACCACAGCACCCAGGCCAACGCCAUCCUGGCCAUCGAGCAGUUCGAGGGCCUGCUGGGCACGCACUGCAGCCCCGACCUGCUCUUCUUCCUCUGCGCCAUGUACGCGCCCAUCUGCACCAUCGACUUCCAGCACGAGCCCAUCAAGCCCUGCAAGUCCGUGUGCGAGCGCGCCCGGCAGGGCUGCGAGCCCAUCCUCGUCAAGUACCGCCACGCGUGGCCCGAGAGCCUGGCCUGCGAGGAGCUGCCGGUGUAUGACCGCGGCGUGUGCAUCUCCCCCGAGGCCAUCGUCACCGCCGACGGCGCGGAUUUUCCUAUGGAUUCUAGUAAUGGAAACUGUAGAGGGCCGAGCAGUGAACGCUGCAAAUGUAAGCCUAUUAGAGCUACACAGAAGACCUAUUUCCGAAACAAUUACAACUAUGUCAUUCGGGCCAAAGUUAAAGAGGUCAAGUCCAAGUGCCACGAUGUGACUGCAGUGGUCGAGGUGAAGGAGAUCCUGAAGUCUUCUCUGGUGAACAUCCCAAGGGACACGGUCACCCUUUACACCAGCUCCGGCUGCCUGUGUCCCCCACUGAACGUUAACGAGGAGUACAUCAUCAUGGGCUAUGAAGAUGAGGAGCGCUCCAGAUUACUGUUGGUGGAGGGUUCUAUUGCUGAAAAAUGGAAGGAUCGACUGGGUAAAAAAGUUAAGCGCUGGGAUAUGAAGCUCCGUCACCUUGGACUGAAUAGGAGUGAUUCCAGCCACAGUGAUUCCACGCAGCGUCAGAAGUCUGGCAGGAACGCUAACCCCCGGCAGGCACGCAACUAAAUCCUGAAACUCGGAAAAGACGUUUGUGGACUUCCUAUUGAGCCUUGCAUUGCUGGACUAGCAAAGGAAAAAUUGCACUAUUGCACGUCAUAUUCUAUUUUUUUCCCCUUUACCACAAAACUCAUGUGGUAACUGAUAUUACUUCUAUUUUCUCUUUUGUCUUCUGCUUUCCUCUUUCCUCCUCCCCACCGCCGUUCUUUGUGGUCUGAGUGCAGAUCCUUAAAUAUAUUUUAUGUAUUCUCUUUCACUAGUCAUGGGAAAACUGUUCUUUGCAAUAAUAAUAAAUUAAACAUGUUGAUACCAGG